UCGAGAUCGAGACUUGUAAGAAAGAAAGAAAAGCGUGACUUCAAGCUUGAGAAUAUGGGCAGAAGAUUGUCCCACCAACAAAAAUUUGUCUCAAUUUUUAAACUGAUUGAGCAUGGAUUCUUCAUUCUUUUGAAAUUCUUUUCUUCAAACUUCGUGUUUGUAUAUAUUUCAUAUCGUUUUAGAAAAAUUCAAAUGUUUUUCUUUCUUAAUGCAAAUUCAAUUGGGCCGAUCUUCUGAUCUGAAGCACUACAGAAUGUACACGUGAAGCUCCCAUCUGCGGACAGCUGCUUCUUGAAGCUUCUUCCAACUCCUAGUUCUGCAACACUCGUCAACUUUCCAGCGUCUUCCAGACCCGAAACUCCUCACGCAUCGGCGACAUAAAGAGCAACGAGCUCCCACCAUCUGCUUUCUCAAGGUGCAGCGAUCUCUAGUUGGUUUUUAGUCGACCGAGGAAUCAAGAGUAAUAGCGAGUUAUUAUCAGCCAUGGACCAACCAGCGAACCAGACGGUGACGUUCAGGAUGGUGAGCAAGGACGAGGAGGGGAAGAAAAGGGUGGAAAAGAAGGAGGUGGACACCCACGACCGGGACACCCUGCGGUACCUCCAGAAGAAGAUGGUGGACAAGGGGCUUCAGCGAAUGGAGCGCCACCCACGCGACGGUCUAAGCCUGGACCCUCCCCCUCCCAAGGCGGGCCACGGCGGCAAAUUCACCUGGGAAGGCCCCGCCGACAUCGCCGAGAACGAGCUCUCCGCGCCCGCGGCCAUCGACGAGGGCGACCCCAACUACGUGGACGACAGGCGAGAGGCGGAGGCGGAGGCGGAAGCGGUGGGACUGGUGGUAGGGGAGGUGGACGUGGCGAAGGCGACGGAAGUGAAGGAGGGCGUCUCCAGGAUUGAGGGUCGAGGACUCAAAAUUCCUAUUCAGUACUGCAUCGUAGUCUUGAGUUCGUCUAACACGAAGGCGCGCUUGUUUACAUCCAGUAACCCAGUCUUGAACUCUCCUGAUAUGUGGCAUUAUGAAGUUUUGGGCCUCUGCAGAGAAGGGAUUCAGUCAUCUGCUAUCUUUCGGAAGUCAUCCUCAGAAAGGAGAUUGGUGGAAGUUUUGUAUCAAAAUGAGGUUCUGCAGACGACGUAA